AUGUCGAACGAGCGGCGAAUUAAAUCGCUGAAGACGAGGCAGAAGAGCCUCCUAACCUCGUUCGGGCUUAUCAAGUCGUUCGUCGAUGGCCACCAGGAGGAAACUGGUGCUCACGAGGUUCCCGUCCGGUUGGAGCACCUUGUGGCCAUCUGGAACGAUUUCAACGCCAUGCAAGCCGAGCUCGAAACGCUGGAUGAAGCGGCCAUCGAGGCUCACUUAAAGGAACGUAUCGAAUUCGAGACGUCCUACUUCAGGGUGAAGAGGUUCCUGCUCGUCGUCAAUAAAAACGAACCAACGUCGCCACGCACUUCUUCGUCUUCUUCUUUAGCCACGCAAAGCCCUCUGUCGUCGCAUGUAAGGUUGCCCGACAUAAAACUGCCAGUUUUCGCCGGAAAUCUCGACCAGUGGUUGAACUUCCACGACCUCUUCGUUUCGUUGAUCCACUCGUCGCAAGAACUGUCGAACAUCCAGAAAUUUUAUUAUCUUCGCUCGUCGCUCUCUGGGGAUGCUUUGAAGCUCGUGCAAACCAUCGCUAUUAGUGCCAACAAUUACCAGGUCGCCUGGAAUCUGCUAUUGGACCACUACCAGAACCCCGUACGCCUAAAGCAGUCAUACGUCGACUCACUGUUCGAAUUUCCUUCCGUCAAAAAAGAGUCCGCUUCGGAGCUUCACUCGCUGGUCGAAAAGUUCGAAGCCAACGUGAAAGUCCUUCAUCAGCUCGGGGAGAAAACGUAA